UGAGUGAGUGAGUGAGUGAGUGAGGAGCAAACUUCUUCCAAGAGGAUGGCUGGGAAGAUUAGAGCCUAGAAGGAUUUCAACUGCUUUGGUGCAGCUUUUGGAUUAGUUUUCAUUUUUGAAAUCCCUUCUAUUUAAAAGAUGCACUUUUUGGGGAUUUACAGCGUUUGGAUUGUAUUCCAUGCAGCCUUAUGCAAUUAUUCGGAGGACCAGUGCAGCUGGAGAGGAAGUGGUUUGUCCCAGCAGCAGGGCAGCGUGGAGCAGAUCUCCCUCCACUGCUCCGAAGGCACCCUUGACUGGCUGUACCCCAAAGGAGCACUUCGUCUCACCUUGUCCCCACGCCUGCCCUCCAUCGCCGUGGGCCCCGGUGGCGGCGGCGGCUCUUCGGGCCUCAUCACGGCCUGCGUCAAGGCCUCGGAGAACUUCCACGGCGCCCAGCUCUACCUGGAGAGGGACGGCGUCCUGGAGCUCCUGGUGGGGGACCGGCUGGAGACGUCCCUCCCGCCGAGUGUGCGCUGCUUCAGCCGGGCCCCGGGGGAGACGUUGGCGCUCUUCCUGCAGGCGACGCCUCACCAAGACAUCAGCCGGCGGACGGCGUCUUUCCGCUACGAGCUGAGGGGGGACUGGACCGCCCGCUUGUCGCUGGACUCCAACCACAUCAGCACUUUUGACGCAUGCAGACCCUGCAACAACACGGAGAUCCUCAUGGCCGUGUGCACCAGCGACUUUGUGGUGCGAGGCAACAUCAGGUCCGUGCAGGAGGACGAGAACCUCCGGGCGGCGGUCAUCAAGGUCAGCGCCACGCGGGUGUUCCGGCAAAAGUACGCCCUCUUCACAGGCACCAGCCGCGUCUCCGCCCGGGGGGAGAUCCGCACCCUGCUGCAGUGCGGCGUCAAACCGGGUCCAGGCAGCUUCCUCUUCACCGGCCGAGUCCACUUCGGGGAGGCUUGGUUGGGCUGCGCCCCUCGCUAUAAGGACUUCCUGCACGCCUACACGGCGGCCAAAGCGGCGCAGCAGAUUCCCUGCGAACUUCCUGUGGAUUGAGCGCCCUCUGAACUCACUUGCUGCUUGUCUACGUGACACAGAACCAGGGCGGUAUACAACGCCUGGCCAGGCUGAGAAGCCAUGUUGGCGCCACCGAGGAGAGAAAUGGGACUUUUUUUUCCCCCCAAAACACCAUUUCAGUGCAAUAGCAGGUGCAGUAAGAUUUUUGUGGGGCUUCUUGGUUGGCAUGGAGACGACAAGAGAGUCAAACUCAGGAAAAAGGCAUAAAAAGCCAGCCAGAGAGGACACAUUAUGUUAUGAAGCAGAUUAUAUCAAGGAAAUUGCACUGAGUAAAGAGACGGGAACGAUGCUGCAAGCACUGAAAACCAAAUAAAUAAUAAUAAUAUGUAGCAGAGCGGUGCAGUGGAGAAGGUAAUAUAUGUACAUACUGUGCAGGGAGCACUUCGUACACUCAAGCCCAACAGAAGUAUUAGUUUCAUCCUGUAAAUAUUUAGCUGGUGACAAUGAUAUUUCCAACCUGCACUAUGUCAACCAAACCAAGUGCUAUGUGUGUGUAAAUAUGUCAAUAUGUGGAUAAGAUGUUCUAUUGUGGAUUAUAUGGAUGUUCUGUCAGUAAAAAAAAAAACACUUUAAGGAAACUCUCUUUUCGCACGUGUGCUUGUUUAACAUAAAACACGACUUUUAUCAAUAGCAAAAGUGUCCCUUUUCUCACGCAUAAGUCACUUCAAGUAGCCGUGAAAGUGACCCCGGGGAGGCCUGAACAAGAUUUGCGGCGCUCAAGUAGAAAACAUUGGAAUUCCGUUGUCCUCACUCUGCACAUUACCAGGAGCCAGGAAGCCAUAAAUUGCUACUAUGGGGGCACGUCUGAGAGGAGGUGCCACGCGGUCGCUCGCUCCAUCCUGACCACGUCUUGUUAUCAAAGCCAAACUCCUUUCCGCCUUUAAAGAGUACGUCUUGCGUGCGGAAUCAUGCACAGCUGCGCGUGUUCAAGUCUGCACCUGUUUCUCUUUGGUGCAAAACACAAUACGGGUAAAAACGCCCAAUUUACUGCAAGCAGUUAAGGAAGUUUAGGUUGCCUGACUUGUGUGCUGGAAAUGAACUUUUUAAACCAAAUUGAAUGCUUCACUGCUCCUUUAAAACAUCCUAUAGCCGGGGGGGCUGCACA